AUGAUGUUACGAAUACUUCUCUUUGGUCUUAUUGUAUUCUGUUGUAUUAUACAAACUCAAGAUGCUAUGUUCACAAAUGGUCGGUCAAUACAAGAAUAUAUUGAUGAAACAAUGCAUAAAAUGAUGGCUAAAGCUUCAAAAAAAUUACAAAAUAAAUUAGAUGUUUUAAAAGAUAGCAAAGUUGCAAUAAAAUUAUGGAAAAUAUAUAAAAAAUAUUAUCAUAAAAAUUAUACUACAGCUGACGAAGAAAAAGAACGUCUAGGAAAAUUUAUUGAUAAUUUAAAAUUAAUUAUUCAAGCAAAUACGAAUUAUGAGAAAGGUUUAAAAUCAUUUAAUUUACAAUUAAAUCAAUAUGGUGAUAUGAAUUUGGAAGAAUUCCGUGCAAAAUUAACUGGAUUGAAUUCCGAUGCUCAAGAAGAAAAUGCACCAGCAGAAGUACAUGCUCGUGCUCGACGAUUUGUAUUUGGUUCCAGCAAAGACAAAUCAGACAGUAGUAGUACUGGAGAAGAAAGCUUUGGAAAGAAAAUGAAGAAGAAAAUUGGAAAGAAAAUUAAACAGAAAAUAAAAGAAGAAAUUGAUAAACAAUUAAACCCGGGAAAAAACCGACCAAGCGGUUCAGGAUCUUCAUCAGGAGGAUCUUUUCCAUCAGGAGGAUCUUAUUCAUCAGGAGUAUUUAACCGGCCAAGUUCACGAAUAAAUCCUACUACACGAGCAACAAGCCGUUUAAGUAAAGGAGCUGUUGAUUAUCGAGAAUAUAUGCAACCAAUAGAAAAUCAAGGUCGUUGUGGAUCAUGUUAUGCAUUUGCUGUUACAUCCGCUAUUGAAGGUACAUUCAAAUUUAAAAAGAACGAAGAUAUUAAAUUAUCCAAACAACAAUUGGUUGAUUGUUCGCCAAGUAGUGGCUGUUCAGGUGGUACUUUAGGGCAAACAUUUAAUUAUAUAAAAGAACGUGGUGGUCUUGAAUCUGAUAGAUCUUAUCCGUAUGCAAAUGCUAAAACAUCUUGUAAGUUAAAAUCUUCAAAAGUUGGAGCUAUAACUGGCUAUGGAAAGACAAACAAUGGUGAUGAAGAAGGAAUGAGACAAGCUUUAAGUACUUAUGGACCAUUAGCUGCAGCUAUUCAUACAACAUCUGAUUUACAAUUUUAUGGUCCAUCAAAAAGUGGACGUCCUGGAUCAGACAUAUUAGAUAUACCUUCAUGUUCAAAACAAGUUGAUCAUGCUAUUGCUAUUGUUGGAUAUGGCACAGAAAAUGGAAAAGAUUAUUGGUUGGUUCGAAAUUCAUGGGGUGAAAAUUGGGGUUUAAAAGGUUAUUUUAAAAUUGCUCGCAAUAAAAAUAGCAUGUGUGGAAUUGCAACAUAUGGUUAUUAUACUGUGGUUUAA